UAACAAGACCAAUAUCGUUUCAAGUGAUGCUCACAGCAGCGUCAUCCCCGCCGCAGAUACCGAACGAGAGUCUCAGAGCUCUAGAAGUGAUCCCCGGCAAAAACACAAAGGGAAAGGAGCUAAGACCCGAUCAGCCGAAAAGUUUAGGACCAAGAAGAACGAAGAAACAUACAACCAAAGAAUGGAAUCCAACCGCGCUUUUUGGGACAGCUUCCACAGUCGAUGGAGUGGAAACCGCGUUAAAAUCUUUGUCAGUCGGAGCAUCGUUCUUCAAGCCACCAUCUGAGAUAACAAUCGUUCAAUCUGGAAUCCGGCCACUUACCGAAGCAACAAUCAACUUCAUGGCAGACAUGAAGGUGACAACACAGGAGGGUAAUCCUGACCGAGUUGAUGACCAAAUCGUCCUAGAUCAUGUAACGCAGCUACAGGUGUACGCAAAGUGUGCACUUGCAAGGAGGCGUGGACCAUUUGAGCGUGACCUUGUCAAUACUAUCGUCUCUCAAUUGUCAGUAAGCCUAAAAUCGACAGCAGCCUACCUUCAGAACAUUGGGGUUUGCGAAGUAGCAGGGCAGCAGAUAUUCCCCACCCUGUCUACAAAUCCCGCCGUGCAGAAACCUCCUCCAGGAUGGACGGAGACGAAGAUCAGGACUGAUGAAGGAACACUAUUCGUCAACAUAGCAGGUAUUGACCUUCCACCGAACGUCAACUCAUUCCAGGACCUCAUCAAUUUACCACAGGCAAAUAGGCAGUUCUUCCAGGCUGGCCUAACCAACAUGAGUGAUACGAUCGUUGUGGUCCCGAUAGACCUGGAGAGAUUCACAAGACAUCAGCGUAUCAUCAUUCGAAGAACUAAUGUCUUUGUCAUCCGCCCAAGUGAUGACGAAUAUUACUCAUGUUGCAUACAUUUUAAAGGUAUCGCAAAUUAUCAGACAGCAAUAUGAGUACAGCUAUUUUGAACCCCUAAUCAAAUAUGGCAAGUGAGUUGCCCCAGCAUACCACUUUCUCCUGCACAACGAAACCCAAUUUUUCUCAUCAGAUCAACCAUGCAAACCAAGGGAUAAUCAUUUUGUAUGCAAGGCCACGCAGAUUAGCCAUACUCCUGAGUUUAUCCACCGAGUUUAUCCAUUGAGCAGGACGAAGUUUUUGUCAGAUCUUGAAGCCACUUUUCAAACUGGGAUAUGGCGACCGUGACCGGUCAACAUGGCGACCACGACAUAACAUCAGUGAUCGCAAUAAGUGCGUUAAUCAUCUUAUGGCAUACCGUGCCAGAGAUUUUCAACUCUUAGUGGAGAAUAAUUAAAGAAGUCCCGGUGAAACGAAAUCCACCAGAGCAGACUUCAAGUCUCAGUGACAGUGCAUCCCACUGGUGACCCGUAAGUCAACAUCCAGAACACGUACACGUUAGAACGACCAUCGGGCAGGCAUCAAGGAAACCGUCAGUAAGUAACAUACAAAAAAAACUUACAUGAAAAAUGUACUUAUUAUACGCAAACUACUAGAAAAACAAACUCCUAUAAGAUAGCUUAGUAGUCCAAAUGAAAACCAAUUUUGAGGGUCUUAAGGAAAUUUAUAAUGACCCCCGAAUUUCUCGUGUUAUUCAAUACGGACAAUCUAUCUUGUUGAAGAUGUCUAACAAGACCAAUAUCGUUUCAAGUGAUGCUCACAGCAGCGUCAUCCCCGCCGCAGAUACCGAACGAGAGUCUCAGAGCUCUAGAAGUGAUCCCCGGCAAAAACACAAAGGGAAAGGAGCUAAGACCCGAUCAGCCGAAAAGUUUAGGACCAAGAAGAACGAAGAAACAUACAACCAAAGAAUGGAAUCGAACCGCGCUUUUUGGGACAGCUUCUCCUCCACAGUCGAUGGAGUGGAAACCGCGUUAAAAUCUUUGUCAGUCGGAGCAUCGUUUUUCAAGCCACCAUCUGAGAUAACAAUCGUUCAAUCUGGAAUCCGGCCACUUACCGAAGCAACAAUCAACUUCAUGGCAGACAUGAAGGUGACAACACAGGAGGGUAAUCCUGACCGAGUUGAUGACCAAAUCGUCCUAGAUCAUGUAACGCAGCUACAGGUGUACGCAAAGUGUGCACUUGCAAGGAGGCGUGGACCAUUUGAGCGUGACCUUGUCAAUACUAUCGUCUCUCAAUUGUCAGUAAGCCUAAAAUCGACAGCAGCCUACCUUCAGAACAUUGGGGUUUGCGAAGUAGCAGGGCAGCAGAUAUUCCCCACCCUGUCUACAAAUCCCGCCGUGCAGAAACCUCCUCCAGGAUGGACGGAGACAAAGAUCAGGACUGAUGAAGGAACACUAUUCGUCAACAUUUACGUCAACUCAUUCCAGGACCUCAUCAAUUUACCACAGGCAAAUAGGCAGUUCUUCCAGGCUGGCCUAACCAACAUGAGUGAUACGAUCGUUGUGGUCCCGAUAGACCUGGAGAGAUUCACAAGACAUCAGCGUAUCAUCAUUCGAAGAACUAAUGUCUUUGUCAUCCGCCCAAGUGAUGACGAAUAUUACUCAUGUUGCAUACAUUUUAAAGGUAUCGCAAAUUAUCAGACAGCAAUAUGAGUACAGCUAUUUUGAACCCCUAAUCAAAUAUGGCAAGUGAGUUGCCCCAGCAUACCACUUUCUCCUGCACAACGAAACCCAAUUUUUCUCAUCAGAUCAACCAUGCAAACCAAGGGAUAAUCAUUUUGUAUGCGAGGCCACGCAGAUUAGCCAUACUCCUGAGUUUAUCCACCGUUUAUCCACCGAGUUUAUCCAUUGAGCAGGACGAAGUUUUUGUCAGAUCUUGAAGCCACUUUUCAAACUGGGAUAUGGCGACCGUGACCGGUCAACAUGGCGACCACGACAUAACAUCAGUGAUCGCAAUAAGUGCGUUAAUCAUCUUAUGGCAUACCGUGCCAGAGAUUUUCAACUCUUAGUGGAGAAUAAUUAAAGAAGUCCCGGUGAAACGAAAUCCACCAGAGCAGACUUCAAGUCUCAGUGACAGUGCAUCCCACUGGUGACCCGUAAGUCAACAUCCAGAACACGUACACGUUAGAACGACCAUCGGGCAGGCAUCAAGGAAACCGUCAGUAAGUAACAUACAAAAAAAACUUAUAUGAAAAAUGUACUUAUUAUACGCAAACUACUAGAAAAACAAACUCCUAUAAGAUAGCUUAGUAGUCCAAAUGAAAACCAAUUUUGAGGGUCUUAAGGAAAUUUAUAAUGACCCCCGAAUUUCUCGUGUUAUUCAAUACGGACAAUCUAUCUUGUUGAAGAUGUCUAACAAGACCAAUAUCGUUUCAAGUGAUGCUCACAGCAGCGUCAUCCCCGCCGCAGAUACCGAACGAGAGUCUCAGAGCUCUAGAAGUGAUCCCCGGCAAAAAAACAAAGGGAAAGGAGCUAAGACCCGAUCAGCCGAAAAGUUUAGGACCAAGAAGAACGAAGAAACAUACAACCAAAGAAUGGAAUCCAACCGCGCUUUUUGGGACAGCUUCCACAGUCGAUGGAGUGGAAACCGCGUUAAAAUCUUUGUCAGUCGGAGCAUCGUUCUUCAAGCCACCAUCUGAGAUAACAAUCGUUCAAUCUGGAAUCCGGCCACUUACCGAAGCAACAAUCAACUUCAUGGCAGACAUGAAGGUGACAACACAGGAGGGUAAUCCUGACCGAGUUGAUGACCAAAUCGUCCUAGAUCAUGUAACGCAGCUACAGGUGUACGCAAAGUGUGCACUUGCAAGGAGGCGUGGACCAUUUGAGCGUGACCUUGUCAAUACUAUCGUCUCUCAAUUGUCAGUAAGCCUAAAAUCGACAGCAGCCUACCUUCAGAACAUUGGGGUUUGCGAAGUAGCAGGGCAGCAGAUAUUCCCCACCCUGUCUACAAAUCCCGCCGUGCAGAAACCUCCUCCAGGAUGGACGGAGACGAAGAUCAGGACUGAUGAAGGAACACUAUUCGUCAACAUAGCAGGUAUUGACCUUCCACCGAACGUCAACUCAUUCCAGGACCUCAUCAAUUUACCACAGGCAAAUAGGCAGUUCUUCCAGGCUGGCCUAACCAACAUGAGUGAUACGAUCGUUGUGGUCCCGAUAGACCUGGAGAGAUUCACAAGACAUCAGCGUAUCAUCAUUCGAAGAACUAAUGUCUUUGUCAUCCGCCCAAGUGAUGACGAAUAUUACUCAUGUUGCAUACAUUUUAAAGGUAUCGCAAAUUAUCAGACAGCAAUAUGAGUACAGCUAUUUUGAACCCCUAAUCAAAUAUGGCAAGUGAGUUGCCCCAGCAUACCACUUUCUCCUGCACAACGAAACCCAAUUUUUCUCAUCAGAUCAACCAUGCAAACCAAGGGAUAAUCAUUUUGUAUGCGAGGCCACGCAGAUUAGCCAUACUCCUGAGUUUAUCCACCGUUUAUCCACCGAGUUUAUCCAUUGAGCAGGACGAAGUUUUUGUCAGAUCUUGAAGCCACUUUUCAAACUGGGAUAUGGCGACCGUGACCGGUCAACAUGGCGACCACGACAUAACAUCAGUGAUCGCAAUAAGUGCGUUAAUCAUCUUAUGGCAUACCGUGCCAGAGAUUUUCAACUCUUAGUGGAGAAUAAUUAAAGAAGUCCCGGUGAAACGAAAUCCACCAGAGCAGACUUCAAGUCUCAGUGACAGUGCAUCCCACUGGUGACCCGUAAGUCAACAUCCAGAACACGUACACGUUAGAACGACCAUCGGGCAGGCAUCAAGGAAACCGUCAGUAAGUAACAUACAAAAAAAAACUUAUAUGAAAAAUGUACUUAUUAUACGCAAACUACUAGAAAAACAAACUCCUAUAAGAUAGCUUAGUAGUCCAAAUGAAAACCAAUUUUGAGGGUCUUAAGGAAAUUUAUAAUGACCCCCGAAUUUCUCGUGUUAUUCAAUACGGACAAUCUAUCUUGUUGAAGAUGUCUAACAAGACCAAUAUCGUUUCAAGUGAUGCUCACAGCAGCGUCAUCCCCGCCGCAGAUACCGAACGAGAGCCUCAGAGCUCUAGAAGUGAUCCCCGGCAAAAACACAAAGGGAAAGGAGCUAAGACCCGAUCAGCCGAAAAGUUUAGGACCAAGAAGAACGAAGAAACAUACAACCAAAGAAUGGAAUCCAACCGCGCUUUUUGGGACAGCUUCCACAGUCGAUGGAGUGGAAACCGCGUUAAAAUCUUUGUCAGUCGGAGCAUCGUUCUUCAAGCCACCAUCUGAGAUAACAAUCGUUCAAUCUGGAAUCCGGCCACUUACCGAAGCAACAAUCAACUUCAUGGCAGACAUGAAGCACAAUAUCCAAAAUGCCUGGCAUUUGCUGAUAUGUAUCUCGCAGAAUUCCCUACACACCCGUUAGCUGGUCUCAGCAUGGAAUCCAUUGUUUGUAGAAUGCGAGAUUGCUUAAAUAUCACGCUGGAACAACGCGAGCAGCUGGAGAUGGUAAACUUGACCUCGAGAAACUGGAUGCUUGGAACAAUUGGAUCUAUCGGAGCUACCACGGUAAUUCUUUGAACCAUUGCCGGAAAAUACUUUCUUUAUUUUCUC